AUGUCCGAACAAGACGUUCAUCCAAACAAAUACAGCGAACUGCGUAGUAUCUACAAAUACUACAUUGAUUCCUAUAUUGCGUUGUAUCAGCUGAAAACGGAAAAAGGAGAAGAUUUAAACUCUAUUUACAAAAUUAUCAAAACAGAAUUGAUUGAUACAAAUAAAUAUUCUCCCAAAAGCAUGAUAAAAGACAUUUUAAAUAUCAUCCCGUAUAAUAAUCGCUAUACUAAGUCAUAUUUAUCUCUUGCCAAACUCAUAUCUGAUGAAUAUCGUGUCAAAGAGGCUAACAAUGUCGAGGUACUUUCAAGAUUUUUGUUUUAG